AUGAUGUUCCCCUGCAGCGCUCUGCCGCCUCCUCUCUACCCGGGCUUACUGCGUCCUCCCGCUACCCUCUCCUCGCCCCUGACCCGGUCACUCCGCUCAGGCUUUCUGGUGGAGGAUCUCCUCCAGUUGAGCCAGCCUGUCAGUUACAUUCAUCGGACUUUCUCUUCCAGAAAUCCGGGGGACGUUCUCCCGCUCAGUCCGCGGCCGGGCGCCUCUCCCCGGGCGUUAGGACCCAGCACAGAGCGGUCUGUGCUGCAGAGCUCCAGCCAGCAGACCCGCAGCAGCCACGGCUCUCCGCAAACUGCCUGCCCGGACUCCGGCUACCUCAAGUUCGGCGUCAAUGCGAUCCUGGCACCGUCCACACGAAGCGUCCAGAGUUUUCAGACCAAGUCCUUCCCUUUGCCUUUCUUUGACGGAGGCCUCCAUCCCUUCAUCAGAGCUACCUAUUUCACAGCCUCCUCCUCUGUGAUUCCUGUACCGGGUACGUUUUCAUGGCCUCUGGCCCCCAGAGGGAAGCCCAGGAGGGGCAUGCUGCGGCGGGCCGUGUUCUCAGACCUGCAGAGGAAGGCCCUGGAAAGAACUUUCCAGAAGCAGAAAUACAUCAGCAAACCAGACAGGAAGAAACUCGCCAGUAAACUGGGACUUAAAGACUCCCAGGUGAAGAUCUGGUUCCAGAACCGCAGGAUGAAGUGGAGAAACUCCAAAGAGAGGGAGCUGCUCUCGACGGGCGGCUGUCGCCAGCAGACCCUCCCCACCAAGACCAACCCCCACCCAGACCUCACUGAUGUAGGCAGCACCUACUGCCAGAGGCUUGACAGGACUGCACCCACCAGCCAAGUACAGCUGGACAGCCAGGAGUCACACCUUCACCACCACCACCACCAUCAUCAUCAUCAUCACAAUCCUUCGUCUCCGUCAGAGUCCAGCAAAGAGUCAGACAGUGAAGAAAUCACAGUCUCUUAA